CAGGUUUGCGCUACGGCGGGCCGGUGGCGUCAGGCUUGGCAGCACUGGCACUCGAUGGAGGCACAUGGAAUUCGACCCAACCUGCUUGCCUUCAAUGCUUGCAUUGGUGCUUGUGUCUUUCCUGGGCGCUGGCUCGAGGCCCUGAGCCUCCUCGAGCAGAUGGCCGCAGCCGAGGUGAGGGCCAACUUGGUUUCCUACUCCGAUGCCCUCCUGGCCUCGGCGCGCGGUGUAGCUGCAGGAUGUACACGAGCUCUUCUUGACACUCUGGACCAGGAGCUGCAAAUGCAGCUGCAGCCACCAAACUGA